UCGGUCACAGCUCAUCCGCACUGUGCUCAUUCUUGGACGUCACAAUCACAUUGCCACCACGACGAGGUCUUGGGCAUCAAAGGGGCGCAGAGGCGGUGCCCACCUGCGCGAUUGCACUCGCCUUGACAGAGAUCUAUCAGCGUCGUCGGCAGCUCUUGCAAGAGUGAUCGCGCAACAUGGCGCAGCCGGGUAGCAGCGGCUUUGCCAACUUUGCUCAUCCUCAGUACUCCGGCUUUGGCCAAGGCCAACCUGACGGGCCCGAUCAACAACAUGGACAAGAUCAGACUAGCGGAGGAGCUUUUCCCAAUCCUGGACCAAGUUAUGACUAUGGUGCCCCUCACUUUGGAGCCAAUCCAGCAGUCUCGGCCGACCCUUAUAGCUACGGAGUCAUUGCUACCAACCCUUAUCCUGGCUCACCGUUGCACCAGCAACAGCAGCAACAAAUGUACCAGAACCACAUCAACAUGCUGGGCUCCGUACCGCAAGGGCCCAGCUCUGGACCAGAGCAUGCUGCACCGGGCAGCUCUCAAGGCCCUACUUCUACCAAGAAGAAGACCAAGAAUGGGCACACGAGGAACGCGAGCGACGCAAAUGAGUCGACACGCCCUGCCGUGGUGGAGGAUGGGGAAGACGAGGAUGCUGAUGGAAAGAGGCGCCGAGUGCAGCGCGCUUGUGACAGCUGCCGCAAGAAGAAGGUCAAGUGUAAUGGUCUCGGUCAGGGCGAGACAAAGUGUACAAAUUGCGCGACCUAUGGACACGAGUGCACAUUCUUGGAUGCCGCAAAGCGUCGGCCUCCUCCAAGAGCAUACGUCGAUGCCCUCGAGGCGCGCAUGGAUAGGAUGGAAGAAUUGCUGACGCAGUUGGCGCCAGGCGUCGACUACUCUGAGCGCGUUGGGCCUCGGCCUCGGCUGCCGGGAGAGGACGACGAAGGCCAAACCGGGCGAGCCGCAGCUCCAGGACAGGGUCAGGCUCAGGCUGCCCAUCUGGAUCGCGCCUUGACGGGAAGCGGCGCGCUUGUGCCGAGCCCCGUGUCACACCAUCGAGUGUCUUCAACAAAUGGUCGCGAUACAGCAAGCGAGGGAGAAGAUGAAGACGAAGUCGCAUUCAUACAGCAGGCUCUCAACGGGACCAGUCUCUGUGCAGAUGCGUCCGAAGUGGAGAAGCGCCGCAUCGGCGAGGUGCACUGGACAUCCAUCAAGGACGAACGCCUCCAGUGGCUCAGCGCUCGUGGAGUACCAGGACCCGACGGACCACCUCAGGGCGUCACCAGUCAGUUCCUGGGCAAGGCCUCAGACUUCCAUCUCAUCGACCUCCUCGAUCGCAUGAGCAGAGACGAUCAGCGACUUCAGCAGAGGGGCAUCUGGGGCGAAGCCAACGCCAUGAAGAGCGCGAAAGACCCAGAUGGCUACGAUUUCUUCACUCCCUCGGCAGCUACACAGCAGCUCUCAGAAAAGGAGAUAGACGCGCUAGACUGGCCCGAGCCGGACUUGGAGAAGAAGCUCAUCGACGCUUACUUCAAGCGGCCACACCUCGAUUAUCCCAUGAUCAACGAGCUCAAGUUCCGGCACGACUUUGACAACCGACCGGACAUGCGCAGAAGACCGGACUUCGUUGCCCUUUGUCUGGGCCUCUUCGCAGUAGCUAGUCGAUACGUCGACGACUCGCGCGUGUGCUUGAACCCCAACGAACGUGCAGGUGGAGAGACGUACCACACUGCAGGUCUGCAAUGGUGGCUGGCACAGCGGCACAUCGGACAACGCGUUUUUGGUGGCAUCGCGACACUGGAGCAUGCCCAGAACAUUGUGCUCGCGACGAUUUUCAUGCUUGGGACACCGAUGGCGAACACCCUAGCAUGGGCAGUACUCAGCGUAGCGGUUCGUCUGCUUCAGGACGUGGGAGCCCACCGCAAAGUCACAGCUCAGCGUCUCAAGCAUCCUCUAUUGCUCACUGAAACCUAUAGGCGACUGUGGUGGGUGACCUACUCUCUCGAUCGAGAAUUCAGCGCUGGUCUCGGAAGACCCGUCUGUAUCCAGGAUGAAGACUUUGAUGUGGACGAACCGCUCGCUGUCGACGACAUGUUUCUCAUCGACGCUGCUGCAACAGGCAACCCUCCUUCGCAGCCGGUGGAGAAGCCCUCCCUUCUUGCUGGCUUUGUCGCGUCCAUUCGUCUUGAUCAGAUCAUUGGUCGCACCCUGCGAACGAUCUACGCUAUUGGGAAGGCGAAAGUGUCGAGGGGAUUUGUUGGUCGCCAAUGGGACCAAUUCAUCGUCGCUGAAAUCGACUCCUCGCUGAACCAAUGGCUGGGCACAGUACCACAGCACCUGAAGUACAAUGCCAACGAGCCAAACGACGAGUGGCUCCUUCAGUCAAGCCUACUCCACACCAAAUACUACCACAGUCAAAUUUUGGUGCACAGGCCCUUCAUUCCGGGUCCGAACUCGAAGUCGUCACUCAACUACCCAUCGUUGGCCAUCUGCACCAACGCCGCCAGAUCCAUCUGCCAUAUCUUGCACAACUUGUAUCGGCGCAAGCUGCAUCCGAGAGGCGGUCUGCAAGUCUUGUUUCGCGCCUUUUCUGCAGGCUGCAUUCUGCUUCUCGUCGUCUGGAGCGCGAAAAGAAGCGGGGCAAGGACUUCGACAUCUACGAUGGCCGACGUACGUCGCUGCCUCGAUGUCUUGCGAGGAUUAGAGAAGCACUGGUCCUUGGCGUGCAAAAUGAGCCGACUGAUGGACCAUUUGAUCGCUGUCAGCGAGCUGCCUGUACCUCGAUCAGCCCUCAAGCGACCCCACAAAACGGGCGGCGGUGGCGACGCAUCUGACGAUGAGGAAGGCUCUUUCGAGUCUUCGAGCUCGCGCCGCAAGAUCAAGAGCAGUGGAGACUCGCGUCGAACUCUCAACGCUUCUUCCUCGAGCUCUUCGGUUGGAGAACCUGUGCCGCUGCCCCUCUCAACGAGCGAGUUGAUGACCGCUUUCGCAGACUCGCAGGCCGAUUCUCCAGCCACAAGCGCGGCAGGAAAGGUAACGAGCCCUGCGCCUCAUUCCGCUAGGGCGACUAGCCUAGCCGAACCCUCUGCGUCCGCCGAUAAAUGGUCAGCGACGUCGGCAAAAGCAGCAUCCGCUCAAGGCGAAGCGCCAUCCGCACAGCGCGACCCGCAGCAGUUGCUGGACUCGCAGCUUGGCGCCGGGGCGUUCCAACAGUUCCUGCAAAGCUCCGGUGAUGUCCCUUCUUCAGGCUUGACACCCUUUUUGGGGCCUGGUGGCCUUCCUUCUGGAGCUGCAGGCUCCGCAACGUCGCCCGGCAUGCCUUUCCUUGGACAAGAGUCUUCUUUCAACGCACCGACGGGCUUCACACCCCAAUUGACAGGGAGCGUCUUCGAUCCUGCGAGCAUGAUGGACGGCGGCAAUACAUCCGAUCCCUUCGAGCAACUCUUCGCGCAACAGCAUCUGUGGGCCGAAGGUGAGUUGCAGUCCGACUUCGAGAGGGUGGAUGCCUGACUGACGUAACAUUUGAAUGCCUCCUUCUUUAGAGUGGAUGCCCGCGUUCCAACAGCAGAACCAGGCAGGGCCGGACUCCACAUAGCAUCGCAGCGGGCCUCUGAUG